CUGAGUGAGCCUGUAUUCAACCCAGGUCUUUAAGUUGCCUCUAGAACCAGAGUUCCACGACGCGCCGUUUGAGAGAUUCAUGGUGGGAAAGUCGCCGCAUCCUUCGUCGGCAGGAGAUAAUGGUGUUAUUCAAGAGGAAGCCCGUCCAGUAUCUUCCGCAGCCUACAAUUGAAGAUGAGAGCUCAGAGAUUUGGGUCAUUGCCGAGACCAAUGAGGUCUUCACCACCUACGAGUCGUUCCUCCAUAGGAGGGAUUUCUACAAACAGCGUCGCUUCAUUUGUGAAAUCACGGGACAUUCGGGCUUGACUUUUUUCGAAGCUCUACAGAGUGAAAUGACAGAGUCUCGGGAGCUCAACAGUGCUUUUCCAGAUGCUCUGAAAGAACCUAUACUCCGACGAGUGCAAUUCUCGACUGUGUCAAGAGUCGACCACCUUGUGGAUGAGAUAUAUGAAGAAUUCAAGCAAGACUUCUAUCCCGGAGAACAUGUUGCCACAGUAUUGAAGGACAACACUCGUCUGCACGGCAUCAUACGCGACAAAAUGAAUUUCCCUCGGCAAUACUACACAGACGGCGGUGUCAAGUCAGAAGCUUAUGCUAGAUACUUGGUAAGAAUAGUCGACCGGCCUAACGAGGAGGCUUUGCUUGAUCAAGAUCACAUCACUCGCGACCGGAAAACGUUUUCCAAGCAGAUGCUCCGCGCUUUCAUCAAGAACAACACCACUCGAGAAUCAUGGAAUGGAGCCCCUUGGUUGGUGAAGCCGGGAAUCGCAGAUGAUUAUAAAAUUGAGACGGAUGUACCAAAACACUUGCAAUAUGGAGCUCGAGUUGCCGAAAAGAAAGCCCUGAAAAAGGCAGACCAGGAAGGGCAUUUUGGGUUUUUCUCAUCCAAGAAGUUACCUGAACUGAAACCGGCAACUGGAGUAGUGUCAAAGACAAAAUUAUCGUCCCAAGAAUUGGCAAGAAACAGAGCGGAACAAUUUAUCGAGUACCAGCGCUCACUUAAUGGGGACCCUUCUUUCUUGGUCUCUAAACAGCAAGGCGGAGGUCCUCGGCUAGUCAAGGAUUCCGAGUCGGACAAAAAAAUCAUGAUUCCAGUAGUCACCAUGAAGGCAGAGCCGCCCCCUCCGCCUGUCAUUAAGUAUCCAAUCGAAGAUUUGGAUAUCAAACACGAUUCAGGACGAAAGCCUCGGCCGAAACUGAGAUUCGAUGUGGAUGCUACUCCUGAUUUAGCUGAUGAUGGAGAUCUACUGCCGCAUGAUAUUAAAUCAGAAUCUGUCAGCCAUUUUCUUGAGACUUGGAAUACAUUGAACGUGUAUUGUGAAGUGUUUCAACUGGAUUCUUUCACAUUUGAUGACUUUGUGGAAGCAGUUCGGUUUUCAUCGCAUGAUGUCGACUGUGAGCUUUUUGUGGAAGUCCACUGUGCUGUGCUCAAAAAAUUGGUGAACACUGAGAAGGAUGAUGAUGGCGCUAUUCAGGUAUCCCUUCCUGAUCUACCCCAAGUCUCAUCUGACGAAUCAGACUCCGAGGAAGAAGAAGAGUCUGAGGACAGCCCCGAGCCAGAGCCAAUAGUCACUCGAAUGACAACUAGGGGUAGCUUAGCCAAAGCUGAGGCUGCUCAUCUGAAAUCACAACUAGAAAAUGGAGGACUCUCUGAGUCAGGCGAACCUAGGGUGCACCGGGCUACAGAGUUAUUGGAGCAGUACGGCUGGAUUGAGCGACUGCGAAAACGGGAUUUCAAAAAUGGCGGCUGGCAGGUAGUUAUGGUUGGACUGUUGUAUCAACUGUCCAUGCGACCGAAGAUGCAAAAAGUCUGCGAGGAAAUAUUGGAGCACCUCGUUCCCUUGGAUAUUGAACCAACCCAGGAGAGUGUUUAUGCGCAGUAUGCGACGCUUGAUGUCAAUCUUCGCAUUCGAGCCCUUCAAAUCAUCUGCAUGCUCAGUCUGGAGACAAAGGCUAUCAGAAACUAUCUCGAGGAAUGUAGUAACCAGAUGACCGAAUUUCGCAAAGAAAAAAUGGAGCACCAGCGAGCGCGAAAAGCUGCUCUCGAAGAAUUACGGAAACUCCAUAUUGAAAGAAAAGCACAUGAGCCUGAACCUGAGAAGGAAGAGACUGAGAAAGAAAAGGAAAAAUCAACCAAUGAAGGAAAAUCCUCAGUUGACGUCGACAUGGUGGAUGCUGCUUUGGCCACGAAGUCUGAAGACGAUGUCGAUACUGAUGAAAUCAUGGAUACCGAGGAUGAGGACCGCCGUGGGCCAUCUCUUCGCGGAGGAACCGAUCGGAUUCUGGAACGCAAACGCCGGCAAGAAGCAGAACGCGAGCGGAGAGAGCAACUGGCAAAACAACCAAAAGGCUCAAAGCAAUAUCAAAGAAUAUUGAAAAAGAUUGAAGAGCAGGAAGCGAAGAUUACCGAAUUAGAGGCUGAAAUUGCCAUCGUUGAUAAUGAUCUCCGAGAAGCCGAUUGCCCAAGGACUAGAUGCUUGGGUAAGGAUCGGUUUUGCAAUCGAUAUUGGUGGUUUGAGCGCAACGCUAUGCCUUAUGGAGGUCUUCCGAACAGCUCAACAGCCGACGCACAGUAUGCGAACGGCCGUCUAUGGGUACAAGGACCAGAUGACAUGGAGCGGGAGGGUUUUAUUGAUCAACCAGAACAUCUCAGGAAAAUAUAUGUCAAAGCGCAUCGAAUGACCCCGGCUGAACGCAAAAAGUACGAGGAAGGAGAGACAAGUCUCUUGACUGCUCAUAACUGGGCGUAUUAUGACGAGCCUGAGCAGUUGGAUGAACUCAUUCGCUGGCUUGACGCACGUGGUCUUCGAGAGAUUAAAUUGAAGAAGGAGCUGCAGCUCCAACGUGGACACAUCACUAAGUACAUGAAGGCUCGCAGUGAUUAUCUCACUCGAACUGCAGAACGUGCAGAAUCCGAAGAACUCCCGACAAAGCGUAUGUCUACAAGAACAAAAACCUAUGUUGAUGACGGCAGACAUCGUUGUUUGAGGUGGAAAAAUACAACGGCGCUGAGUGAGAUGGGCCACCUUCAUGUUGACGCUGGGCGCGCCGCAAAGCGGUCGAAGAGAGCGACAGAUGAAGUGAAAGAAUUAAAAGCUAUAGGCAAACAAGCCAAGCCUCUAUCUCGACAAGGCUCUCGAUACAAGUUCUAAGGGCGAGAAUGAGAGGUGGCAUCUGUGAUCCGAUGCCACAGUACAUGUUCGAUUACUGGCACGUUUCCAAGCCCUUGCAUAAUUUUACGAGCAACGAGUCUUUUUCUUCAAA